CUCCCCUGAUCUUCCUCCUCUCACAGUUCAGAUGCAGCAUCAUGAGCAGCAGCAGCAGCAGCAGCAGCAGCCCCCCUUUACCUACAUCUUCGUCGGACGCCGCACCAACUGGCUGCUCAGCAUAGAGGACGUCGUGCGGCUGAGGGCCACCUGCACGUGGAUCAGAGAGCUCUUCAAAGCGGCCCAGCUGAGAGAUCGGCUCCACCACUCUGUCGGCUCACAGGCGGGGCUGCGGCGGGCGGUGAAUGGGCGGCAAGUGCAGCUGCUGCGGUUCGACGACGACCAGUUCGGCGCCCAUGAUCUGCUGGCGGCUGUGUGUGUGGUGGAGGAGGGGCCAUGGGUGGAGAUCGGCCAGGUGAUUGAGCUGGCAGGGCAGUGCGGCAACUGUGACCUGCCUGUCAUCCUCACGGCCGAUGACAUCAACACACAUAAAAACAAGAUGGUGAGCCAGCAAACAGAGGGGCGGAGAGGGGAGGCAGAGGGCCUCAUUCUCUCUGUGUGUCUGUGUGUGUGGUCGUGUGUGUAGGCGUAUGUGUCGGUUCCCCGUGUGUUGGCGCAGCUCAAGAUGGUCGGCCGCCACGUCCACUUCAGUGACGGCACCUACCUGCAGCUGUUUCAGCAUGGCGAUGAGUGGCGGGCCAUCAAGGACGAGCUUGGCUUCGAGCUGGAGGUCGACCCGCCCCUCCCCGCCGGCCACCUGUACCUGCAACACCGGCAGCCACACGACCCGCCGGUGGGUGAGGGCAUCAUCUACUCGCAGAAUGACGCCCGAUGGAUGUCGGACGGUGGCCAGUACACCGAGACGUCCGCAACGUCGUUUGCCAUGUUCAAGGUCCUCCACCGCUUCCAGGAGACUCACCAGACUAACCACAUGGAGGCAAUCGUCAACAGGUGACAACAUCAACGGCGUCAAGUGGGGGUUGGGGGAUGUUUGGGUAUCGUUUGUUGAUGUCUGUCUGUUCAGGGGUGUCGGUGGCGGCCGUGUGGAUCGCCUGCUGACCGAGUCGCCCCACACACCGGUGGCCGGCUGCACCACCACAUUAAGCCGGCACGGCAAUGUGCGACGGCUGGUGCUCACCGACAGCAGCCACGGCUUCGUGGCGUGGAUAUCCAUGGAGGGAGGGAACGGCAGCAGUGAGGCUGGCAGAGAGGCGCCGGUGGUGGAAGCUGAUGUCAUCUGUGCUCUCCCUUUAUUGUAUGCAGAUUACCUGUGCAUCAGGACCACUGACGCGGCUGUGACUGGCGUUGGUUUGUUCAAGCACCGCUACCCCAUGACCACUCAGCUGGCUCGUGUGGCGUUGGGGGCGGUGGCGCCAUUCGUAUUCGACGGACAAGUACAACAGCAGCAGCAGCAGCAGGGGGAUGGCAACAGUGACGAUGAUAUGGAGAGGGGGCGGGAGGGAGGCACACUCAUGGUGACCAUGGAUGGAUGGAUGGAUGGAUGGCAUUUCUUCUCUGUCUAUCUUUGGCUGUGGUGUAGAUUCCGACGGCCAUGGUGGCGGCUGGGAUGAUAUGGAUUUCGACAGCGACGGAGAGGACAGCGAAGGUACACAUGAGGGAGGGAAGGCACACACAGAGCACACCCUGGCUCUACCUCUCGUGUCUGCGUGUGUGUGUGUGUGUGUGUGUGUGUUGGACAGGUGAGGAUGCAUCAGCCGUAGAGGAAGUAAACGGCGACUGACUGGUUAAUCCCACAUGGAUAUCCGCGCACCCCACGUACACGCCAAACAGUGCCGCCGAAUCGUCUGUCUGCUCUGUAUGUUUUGGUAGGGUGCCUCAGGCUGGAGUGCUGUCUGUAGCUGCUGGCUGCCCGAGUCGAUCGACUCGUGGCUGUCUGUGAUAGAGACGCAUUGUAUACCACCCUUGAUACCACCCAUUCUGUAGAGAGACCAGCUGCUGACACACACAUAUAUUACCCAAUCCCUCUCUGCGUUGACACUUCUGUGGCUCUUCUGCUGGCUGCCUGGCUGGGGGCUUUGGGUCAUGUGUAACAGUUGGCCUCCACUGAUGGCCGGUUAUGACCUGAUGCCUCGGCCGCUCUGUGUGCGUGUGUGCCUGUCUGCCUGCAUGCCCGCAUGCCUGUACAUGGCUCUCUGGCUGAUUGCGUGAACCAAUAAAGUGACAUGCAGACAAUAAAUGCAGCGGAUCUCAGGC